AUGAUCUCCUCCUGUUCGCGCGCGCAUAACUUCCGGGAACAGGAACAGGAACAGGAUCAGGACCAGACAGCAACAGGGAAGCAAACCGCUUUAAAGCAGAGAGAAGAGAUCCCACAGAGCAGAGCAGAAGAGCGGGGCAAGAACUUCUCUUCAUCGAUCGAUCUUCUUCAUCUUCCUCGAACAGCUUCGACCUUAUCGACUACUCGUCUGAUUGGGCGUUCAUGGCGUCCACACACCAAGAAGCUGGCGAAUGGUGACUCUGCGUGGCGGCGCAUCGAGCUCUGGCUUGUUGCCUCGGGCUUGGGAUGUUUAUUGGGCCUUGCAGAUGGCCCUGUCAGGACCUUGUUGUCUUAA